ACAAAAUAACGCAAGUAGUAUUAUUACAAAACAGUAGGUUACACGUGUCCAUGACAAGCGUGGAGUAGAAAAUAAACAAAAAGUACCACACCACACCACCACAACAACAAACCAACCUCACUCCUCCUAAUAAAACGGCCGUCUAAAUUAAAAUAAUAAUAAGAAAUCUAAAGCCGGCAGGGCCGGGCAAUCAACAUCUCUAAACCUGUUUUGUCUACGUAAACGCCCGCGUGCCACGUAACACUCUCCAUUUUCUCAAUUAUUACACACACUCUACAUACCCUGCUUGGGCGGCGCCUUCCAGUCAAAUCCCUCGUUGACCGCGCCCUACUUCUUUUUUAUCAUCUAUGCUCUUUCUUCCAUUAUAUAAACCGCAUACUCUUCAUACAUAUUUUUUAACACACCAAAAAUUCGUAACACACAAAACAAAAAUAUGGCUGUGAAAGAUAAAGCUGUGAAAGGAGGUAAUGUGAAGGUGAGUAAUGGAGUUAAGGAGGUUCAUUACAGAGGUGUAAGGAAGAGGCCAUGGGGUCGUUACGCUGCUGAGAUUCGUGACCCGGGUAAGAAGAGUCGGGUCUGGUUGGGUACUUUUGAUACGGCGGAGGAAGCGGCGAAGGCUUACGAUACCGCCGCUAGAGAGUUUCGUGGACCUAAAGCUAAGACGAAUUUCCCCUUUCCGGCGGAGAUUAAUAUUAAUAGUAAUAAUCAGAGCCCUUGUGGAAGCAGCACCGUCGAGUCAUCUAGCGGAGAAACUGCUGUUCACGCGCCUCAUACGCCACACGCGCCGCUAGAGUUGGAUCUCACGCGCCGUCUUGGCGCCGUUGCUGAAGGUGGUGGACGUGGAGGUGUCGGCUACCCGAUUUUCCAUCAGCAGCCGACGGUGGCGGUACUGCCGAACGGGCAGCCGGUUUUGCUGUUUGAUUCUAUGUGGAGACCGGGAGUUGUUAGCAGGCCGUACCAGGUUGUGCCGGCGACGAUGGAGUUCGCCGGUGUCGGUGCCGGAGUUGUUUCUAGUGUGUCGGAUUCGUCUUCCGUUGUGGAAGGGAAUCGUUAUGGGAAAAAAGGACUUGAUCUUGAUCUUAACCUUGCGCCACCCAUGGAAGUUUAAUUUGAUGACGACGAUAACCUAAUUUUGUGAAAGAGAGAUUAAGAGAGUGACAGAACUAAUGGCUGAUUUUUGUAUAUAAGUUUAAAAGAACUGUUCGUUUUGUUUUGGCAGUUGAAACGUGUUGUUAUGAUGUUUCUACCAAUUGUAACUCUUAAAUCCUUUUGAUUAAUGAGAAAAUCCAUGUUUUCUCCUU